AUGGAGCGGCUUCGGGGUCUACUUCAGAGAGCGCAAGAGUUGUCCCUAGGAACUUCUCAGACCAUCUACGAGCGUGUUGAAGGCACCCAGGGGCAGGGGCGCCUGGAGGAAGAAGAGGGAGACGGGGAGGAGGGUUCCGAAAUUCCGGCCCACUUCUGCCCAAUGGAGCUGAGGAGCCCGGAACCCCAGGGCUCUAGACCAAGACAGCAAAACCUCAGACCCUGGGUGGCAGCAGGACGAAGGGCCACCCCCUCCCUGGUUCUGACAGCCCUGCUGAUCUUCACUGGGGCCUUCCUUCUGGGCUAUGUGGCCUUUCGAGGGUCCUGCCAGGCAUGCGGAGAUGCUGUGUUGCUGGUCAACGACGAUGUCAGCUAUGAGCUGGGUCCUGACUCCCACCAGGGUCCACUGUAUUGGCGUGACCUCCAAGCCAUGUUCCUGAGGUUCCUGGGGGAAGGGCACCUGGAGGACACCAUCAGGCAAACCAGCUCUCGGGAAAGAGUAUCUGGCUCUGCUGGGAUGGCUGCCCUGGCUCAGGACAUCCGCUCCGAGUUCUCCCGCCAGAAGCUGGACCACGUGUGGACUGACACACACUACGUGGGGUUGCAGUUCCCGGACCCGGAUAACCCCAACACCCUGCACUGGAUCAAUGCGACAGGCUGGGACGAGGAGCAGCUGCCAUUGGAGGACCCCAACGUCUAUUGUCCCUACAGCGCGACUGGUAACUACAUGGGAGAGCUGCUGUACGCCCACUAUGGGCGGCCGGAGGACCUGCAGGAGCUGCGAGCUAGGGACGUGGAGCUGGCGGGGCGACUCCUGCUGGUGCGCGUGGGGAACAUCAGCUUUGCCCAAAAGGUGGCCAAUGCCCAGGACGUUGGGGCCCGAGGAGUGCUCAUAUAUCCUGACCCAGAAGACUUCUCUUCUGACACACACAAGCUAGGCUUGCCCAGCCACCGGGCUGUGUAUGGCCAUGUGCACAUGGGAACUGGGGAUCCCUACACCCCUGGCUUCCCCUCCUUCAACCAAACUCAGUUUCCUCCAGUCCAGUCCUCUGGCCUCCCCAGCAUCCCAGCCCAGCCCAUCAGCGCAGACAUUGCUGCCCAACUGCUAAGGAAGCUCGAAGGCCCAGUGGCUCCCCAGAAAUGGCAAGGGCAUCUCCCCGUGUCCUCGUAUCGCCUGGGUCCCGGGCCGAGCCUGCACCUGAAAGUCAACAAUCGCAGGGUUUCCACCCCCAUCAGCAAUAUCUUUGGCUGCAUCGAGGGUCACUCUGAGCCAGAUCACUAUGUCGUCAUCGGGGCCCAGAGAGAUGCAUGGGGCCCAGGAGCAGCCAAGUCUGCCGUGGGGACUGCCAUACUGUUGGAGCUGGUGCGGACCAUUUCCUCCAUGGUGAGCAAUGGCUUCCGGCCCCGAAGAAGUCUUCUCUUCAUUAGCUGGGAUGGAGGCGACUUUGGGAGUGUGGGCUCCAUGGAGUGGCUGGAGGGUUACCUCAGUGUGCUACACCUCAAAGCUGUCGUCUAUAUGAGCCUGGACAAUGCGGUCCUGGGGGAUGACAGGUUCCAUGCCAAGACCAGCCCCCUUCUGAUCAACCUCAUCAAGAAUGUCCUGAAGGAGGUGGACUCUCCUAACCGCAGUGGGCAGACCCUUUAUGAGCAGGUGUUCACCAGCCCCAGCUGGGAGGCUGAGGUGAUCCGGCCCCUACCCAUGGACAGCAGUGCCUAUUCCUUUACCGCCUUUGCGGGCGUUCCAGCAGUUGAGUUUUCCUUCAUAGAGGAUAACCAGGCAUAUCCGUUCCUGAACACCAAAGAGGACACAUAUGAGAACCUGCAUGCAGCGCUGCAAGGCCGCCUGCCUGCCGUAGCCCGGACUGUGGUCUUACUCAUUGGGCAACUCCUCAUCCGACUCAGCCAUGACCACCUGCUGCCCCUCGACUUCGGCUGCUACGGGGAUGUUGUUCUCAGGCACAUCGGCAAACUCAACGACUUCUCUGGGGACCUAAAGGCCCGUGGGCUGACUCUCCAGUGGGUGUACUCUGCACGGGGGGACUACAUCCGGGCGGCGGAGAAACUGAGGAAAGAGAUCUACAGCUCUGAGGAAAGGGAUGAAAGGCUAAUGCGCAUGUACAACGUCCGCAUCAUGCGGGUGGAGUUCUAUUUCCUGUCCCAAUAUGUGUCGCCAGCUGACUCCCCAUUCCGCCACAUCUUCCUGGGCCGUGGAGACCACACACUUGGUGCCCUACUGGACCACCUACAAUUGCUUCGAAAGGGUGACUCCAGGGUCCCGGGAGCCUCCUCCCCUGGGGUAGCAUCCAACCCAGGCUUCCAGGAGAGCCGAUUCCGUCGCCAAUUGGCCCUGCUGACCUGGACACUGCAGGGAGCAGCCAACGCACUUGGGGGAGAUGUCUGGAACAUUGACAACAAUUUCUGA